GUUUCCUAAAACCCCCUAUAAAUUUUUGCCUCUACGCUCUGCAAAUAUCGUCCCCUGCAUUCUAAAUCCGUUCGAGUCUAGCAGCCAUGGCUUCGACUCUCUUCAAAUCCUUCUUUUUUCUCCUCUUCUUCGCCAUUUUCGCCGUCUCCACCGCCGAAGACACCACGGCGGCGGAAACACUCGCCGCUCCUCCCCAUCACUACGCCGCUGUACCACCUGCUCAUCACCAUCACCACCACUCUCCCACUCCGGCACCAGUACCUCCCCAGACCCACUUGCCACUUCACCCACCGGCUCAGCCACCGAGCCACCACCACCACAUCCACAGCCAGCCUCCGGUUCACCCACCCCAUUUCCACCUCCCUCCAGCUCACGCGCCGGCUCCCGGGCACCACCACCAUCAUGACGUCCACCCAUUGCCACCUCCUACUCACUCGCCGGCUCCGUUACACCCUCCGAAGCCUCGGCUGCUGAGGAGCUUCAUUUCAGUUCAAGGUGUCGUUUAUUGCAAGUCCUGUAAAUACGCCGGAGUUGACACACUUCUCGGAGCUACCACCGUCGCUGGUGCGACCGUGAAGCUGAUUUGCCAGAACACCAAAUACCCAUUGGUUCAAACCGCCACCACUGACAAGAACGGCUACUUUUUCAUCACAGCACCAAAGGCCGUCACCAGCUACGCCUUCCACAAAUGCAAGGUCGUUCUCGGCUCAUCCCCCACCCCUUCCUGCAGCAAACCCUCUGCCCUCCACGGCGGCGCCGCCGGAGCACCCCUCAGGCCUCAGAAGUCUUACAUCGACGCCAACAAGCUCCCCUACGUCCUCUACUCCGUUGGCCCUUUUGCCUUCGAACCCACAUGCGCUCAUCAUUAGUUUCUUUUUUUUUUUUUUUUUUU